UUUAAACACCAGCGGAUUCAAAAUAGGCUAUAUAUACCCUCCUCCGCCUUCCUUGCCUCAUUCAUUGAAGUAUUUGGAAAAGAAUUUUAAAAAAAUGCAAGCGGGUUCGGUGUUAGCACUCUCUCCGGCCUUUAAUCUCUAUCCACCUGCGAGAGGAUAUACAGAAGUCGCGGAUAAAGUUAGCGAAGAUUUCGGCGCAAAGCUCAAACUCGAGGCUUUUGGUUGCGAGUCUGGGGAUAUGGAAAACAAAGAAGCCUCCAAAAUCGAAGCUUUGGAUGAGAAACUAGUAGAUGGAGGUGAAAACGGCAAAGAGGAAGGGGAAUACGAUGACGAUGACGACGAGUUCUCGUUUGCUUGCGUGAAUCCCGACGGGUCGCCGAUUUCUGCGGACGACGCAUUCGCUGACGGCCAGAUCCGGCCGAUAUUCCCGCUCUUCAACCGAGAUCUCCUUCUCGCCGACGCUUACGACGGUGAUUCGAAGCCUGAGGAGGAUUCUUCCUCGGCUAACCGACCGCCGCUAAGGAAUUUCUUCGUCGAGGAGCGCGAUACUCCGUCGUCGUCGACGACCUCGGAGUCAGACGAGCUGGUGGGAGCCCCCUCCGGGCCGUUCUGCGAGUGGUCCGGCAAGGCGGAGCUCAGCAAGAAGAGCAACUCCACGGGGUUUUCGAAGAUCUGGAGGUUCCGGGACUUGGUUCGACGGAGCAACAGCGACGGCCGCGAUGCCUUCGUGUUCCUGAGCCAUUCGUCGGCGAGCGCAAAGCCAAGCAGCGAACCAACGACGGAGGCUAAGAAAAGCGACGUCGUUGAGAAGAAGGAGAAGGUGGAAAAAGUGGAGGUGAAGAGGGUAGUGAGGGGUGCUAAAACGGCGUCGUCAGUGCACGAAGCGCACUACGUGAAUAACAGGGCGAAGAGGGAGGGAGAUAAGCGGAAAUCUUAUUUGCCGUACAGGGUUGGAUUUUUCACGAAUGUGAACGGGUUAAGCAGGAAUGUGCAUCCCUUCUAAUUAAGCGCGAUGCUAAUUUUUAUUAAUUAAUUUUUUGGGAUUUGUUGGGUCUCAUUUGUUGAAUAAUUAAUUAAUUUAUGUAAAUACAAGCGGAGUAGAAGUAUUCCGUAUUUGUAGGGGUUUUCGAAUUCUCAGCUCUGCAUCUAGUAUUUAAUAUUCAUGUUAACGUGAAUAUUAUCAGUUAUAAUUGCAACUAUAUUUUUGUUAUUGAGGAAGUAGGCUUAUUGAA